GACCCGGAGGCGGAACCGGCCUGCGCGGCGCCGACUCCGCACGGAGCACCGAGGACCGGGCGGGCCUGCGGCGACCCGGCGCCCCCCGCGCUCCGCCAUGCGGCCCGCGCGCUCCCCCGCCGCGCCGCUCGCGCUGCUGGCCGCGCUGCUGGCCGCGCCCCGGGCCCUGGCCGAGGCCCCGCUCCUGGUGCUCGUGGACGCGGCCCGCGCGCUGCGGCCCCUGCGGCCCUUCUGGAGGAGCACCGGCUUCUGUCCCCCACUGCCUCACAGCCAGGCUGACCAGUAUGACCUCAGCUGGGACCAGCAGCUCAACCUGGCCUACGUGGGCGCUGUCCCUCACGGUGGCAUCGAGCAGGUCCGGACCCACUGGCUGCUGGAGCUCGUCACAGCCAGGGGGUCGGUCGAGCAAGGCCUGAGCUACAACUUCACCCAUCUGGACGGGUACCUGGAUCUUCUCAGGGAGAACCAGCUCCUCCCAGGCUUUGAGCUGAUGGGCAGCCCCUCCCAACGCUUCACCGACUUUGAGGACAAGCAGCAGGUGUUCCGGUGGAAGGAGCUGGUCUCCCUCUUGGCCAGGAGAUACAUCGACAGGUACGGACUCUCGCACGUUUCCCGGUGGAACUUCGAGACGUGGAACGAGCCGGACCACCACGACUUUGACAACGUGUCCAUGACCUUACAAGGCUUCCUGAACUACUACGACGCCUGCUCCGAGGGCCUGCGGGCUGCCAGCCCCGCCCUGCGCCUGGGCGGCCCCGGGGACUCCUUCCACCCCCUGCCGCGCUCCCCGCUGUGCUGGGCCCUGCUGGGGCACUGCCACCACGGCACCAACUUCUUCACGGGGGAGCGGGGCGUGCGGCUGGACUACAUCUCCCUCCACAAGAAGGGCGCGGGCAGUUCCAUCUACAUCCUGGAGCAGGAGCAGGCGACCGUGCAGCAGAUCCAGCGGCUCUUCCCCAAGUUCGUCGACACCCCCAUUUACAACGACGAAGCCGACCCCCUAGUGGGCUGGUCCCUGCCGCAGCCCUGGCGGGCCGACGUGACCUACGCGGCCCUGGUGGUGAAGGUCAUCGCGCAGCACCAGAACCUGCUGGUGGCCAACGCCAGCUCCCGCGUGCGCUACGCGCUGCUGAGCAACGACAACGCCUUCCUGAGUUACCACCCGCACCCCUUCACGCAGCGCACACUCACCGCGCGCUUCCAGGUCAACAACACGCGGCCGCCGCACGUGCAGCUGCUGCGCAAGCCGGUGCUCACGGCCAUGGCGCUGCUCGCCCUGCUGGACGGCGAGCAGCUGUGGGCCGAGGCGCGGCGCGGCGGGGCGGGGCGGGCCGGCUCCCGCGCGGUGGGCGUCCUGGCCAGCGCGCACCGCCCCGCCGGCCCCGCCGACGCCUGGCGCGCCGCGGCGCUGGUCUACGCGAGCGACGACACGCGCGCCCACCCGAACCGCAGCGUCGCCUUGACCCUGCGCCUGCACGGAGUGCCCCGGGCACCGGGGCUGGUCUACGUCACGCUCUACCUGGACAACCGGUUCUGCAGCCCGUACGCCGAGUGGCAGCGCCUCGGCCGUCCGGUCUUCCCCUCCGCCGAGGAGUUCCGGCGCAUGCGCACAGCCGAGGAUCCCAUGGCCGAGGCGCCGCGCCCCUUCCCCGCCAGCGGCCGCCUGACGCUUCGCCCGGAGCUCCGGCUGCCCUCGCUCCUGCUGGUGCACGUGUGCGCACGCCCGGAGAAGCCCCCGGGCCAGGUGACCCGGCUCCGAGCUCUACCCCUGACCAGAGGGCAGGUGCUCUUGGUCUGGUCGGACGAGCACGUGAUCUCCAAGUGCGUGAGCGGGCUCUUCCCCAGGAUCCCUGAUCCCCGUCCUGUCCAUCGCCACCCGUGCCCCCCAGUCCGGUCCCCGGAGGCUGCAGUGCCCACGUGGUCACUCAGCUGUGCUCCUCCAAGCCCUCUGCCCCUCACACCCCUGCCACCGCUGUUUGCACAACCACACAAACGGCCCAAGAUGCCACACCUGUUGAUGGAGGAGCAGAGUACCUCCCGGGGACGUUUACAGGUGGCAGUUGGGCCCCCGAUUCCUCUGUGCAUCGGGCUGGCCCGUCAUCAUUGCAGGAAGGGUACAGGCACCCGGGAGGGGUCAGAAAAGGGGCUGCAGGAGCAGGGUGAUAAGUCUACAGCGUGGGCUCAACCCCCCCCCGGACACCAGCCCUGGUCCUGACCCACCUUCCCCAGGUGCCUGUGGACGUAUGAGGUCCAGUUCUCCGCAGAUGGUGAGGAGUACACUCCCAUCAGCAGGAAGCCGUCCACCUUUAACCUCUAU